ACUUGAGUCGAACAGGUGUGCCGUCCAUCCUAUAAAAACCCAUCGGUCCCCGCGCUUCUCCAGACCACUUCUACGGACGACCAGAAGCUGCGCCGAUCAACUUCUCACCACCCAGACCCAAACUUGCUCAUCUCCCCAACAAGUUUGACCGAGCUGAGACAAAAUGGCUACGAUGACAUGUACUCUGAUGACUCUGGUGAUACUGGCCUGUGUGGCAGGUGCUUUCGCUGUUCCAGCAGCCGCGCCCGCCCCCGAGGCGAAGGAAAAGUACGAGCACCUGACCCUGCCGAUCAACGAGCGCGGGACGAAGUUUGACGAGGAAGUUGACGUGGAUCAUGACGGGAAGACCCUGCGCUUUCACGUGCCUGACCACAACACGGUGUCUGACAGCAAGGUCGUGUUCGACUUCAAAAAUAGGAAGGUGAUGACCCUGUUUGAGAAGAGUCAGGGGAAGCAUUGCCUGCUGUCCGACAUGCCGGAAGACAUGGCCUCGUUCGAGAGCGUGGAGGAAGGACUCAAACUGGUCGCUGACCCCAGUGUGCCGACCAAAAUCGUCCGUAAGACCUCCGUGGAGACCAACAAGCGCGUCCUGCUGGACCAGGUGUACGACAGGUCCUCCCUGAGCCCGGAGAUGCAGGAGAUGUGCGCCGGGCAUGAGAUCCACAGCGUGGAGGAGAUUGGAGACGAACCAGAGGUCAAGGAGGGGGAACCAGAGUCCGACGGUGCUGACGGAGGGUCCACCCGUGUUCGCCGGCAGCUAACCAUCACCUGCCCCCCGCCUCAGUGGCAUUGGAGUUGUACCCUCAUAACCAACAGCUGUAUCUACUACUUCACCUGCAGCGGAACUGGCAAUCCUGGCCAGCCCCCAUCCUACUACACGUGCACUGACAACCAUCUCUACUCCGGUAUGGGAUGGGAGUGCACGCCGUUCUGCCCCUAGUAGAGCCCAUGUAAUCUAUGGGCUUGCCUCGAGUUUGUACUUGACACAGGGGAUUUCGAUAUCAAAACGUACACGCUACGUAGUUAGUUCUCUCACAAUUGUGUGGCUGUUACAUUUUGAGGAAUGAAAAUAUGGCAACACUUUUAUCUUGUACUUGGCUGUUCAUGUUCAUGUUACGCAAUGAUAUUUUUAAAAACAAAUAAUGAUGUCUUUUCCUUCUACAGUGCUGUAUCUGUAUGUAUUUUUCGCUGUUCAGUUCUUAUGCCAAAUUGUAACUAGAGCUCGGGUUUCGCACCUUUUCCAAAUUGCAACCCACUAUUGAUACUCAAUGACAUUGUCUGACAUGUAACGUACCGAUUUAACUAUUCCAUGUUAUGCUUUGUACUGAUAAAUCAUUACUUGUCAGUAACGAAAUCUUUAAUGCAAGCAGAGUGAGUGCACUUGUUCUGUUCGUGUAUUCGUGGCGUUUCUUUGAAUAACCUGUUCUUACAGCUUCUAUUGGAAUAAAAGAGCUCACUCAGGAA